AUGUCAACUUCAACCAAAGCAGAAAUAUUAUCACUUUACCGUGGAUUUCUUCGUAUUAUUGAAAAUUGGCCAAACGAUCUUUUACGACCAAAUCGUAAUUUAAAACAAGUACUUCAUUUACGUGUUACAGAAGGAUUUAGACAAAAUAUAGUUGUUAAAGAUCAGAAUAUAUAUAAUGAUUUGGUUUUACAUGCCGAAAAAGAAUUGAAUGCUCUAAGAAGGUUGGAAGAAAAUGAAUUUAAAGAGAAGUAUCCUCUCUCAGAUAAAAUGUAUACACCAGCAGCGAAUCCAAAAUAUUACUCUGGACUUGUUGUGGCAUUAGAUAAAGCUGCUAAACAAAAACAAAUAGAUGAUUCCACACCACCUUCAUGGUGGAGAAGGAUUUUGGGCUUGGGUCAUUACAAAGAACUUUAA